AGAACAAAGGGCACAGCAAAGCUGGACAAACACAGCAAUCCAGGAGGGGAUUUCCAAUUCAACGCUGGUAUAUAAGCUGGAUGCAAAAUCCUUUUUCUGUCUCUGGUUUCUGGCCCCUUGACUGCAAAGAUGGCUCGCAAUGCUUCCUGCCUCUCUGUGCACGUUCUUUCUGAGGAAUGGAAUUCAAUGACCUUUGAUGCCAACCCAGAGGACAGCGUGAAAAAAAUCAAUGAACACGUCCGGUCUAAGACCAAGGUUCCUGUGCAGGACCAGGUUCUUUUGCUGGGCUCCAAGAUCCUAAAGCCACGGAGAAGGCUCUCAUCUUAUGGCAUUGACAAGGAGAAGACCAUCCACCUUACCCUGAAAGUGGUGAAGCCCAGUGAUGAGGAGCUGCCCUUGUAUCUUGUGGAGUCAGGUGAUGAGGGGCAGAGGCACCUCCUCCAGGUGCGAAGGUCCAGCUCAGUGGCACAAGUGAAAGCAAUGAUCGAGACCAAGACGGGUGUAACCCCUGAGACCCAGAUUGUGAAUUGCAAUGGAAAGAGACUGGAAGAUGGGAAGAUGAUGGCAGAUUAUGGAAUCAGAAAGGGCAACUUACUCUUCCUGACAUCUUAUUGUAUUGCAGGGUGACCACCCUGGGGAUGGGGUGUUGGCAAGGGCCAAAAAGCUUAUUUCUUUUAAUCUCUUAAUCAACGUGAGAAUGAGAUGAGUAGAGUAAGAUUUGGGUGGGAUGGGUAGGAUGAAGAAUAUUGUCCAACUCUGUUUCUUUGAUUCUAACACAAUUAAUUCAGUGGCAGGAUUUUUAAUAAUGUAUUACUGAGACUAGUAAAUAAAAUUUUGAGGCAAAAUAGAGCAUUCAAA